GGCGUGGUUCUGCCUCACUCACAUUGGUUUCCCCUCGCUACGCUCCUAUUUAGCCUUCCCGCUUCUGCGCAGCUCAGCCCGGCCAAAGACAUCCAGCCUGCCCCCUGUGUGUCUGUUUGCCCCUUGUGAGCAGCAUGUCUGAAUACGGCGGUCUGCCGACUAACGGAGUCAGCGCUGGGAUGAAAAAUGACGCUUUUGCUGAUGCUGUACAACGAGCCAGACAGAUUGCAGCUAAAAUCGGUGGAGACUGUGUAUCCCCAGCGAGUAACAACGGUGGAGCUGAGAGUUAUCCAUUCACAGCACAGAAACGAUCCUUGGAAGAAGCAGAUGAACCUGACGCCAAGAAGGUAGCAUCACAGAGUGAAAGAGAUUCUACAUUGUCCAUUGGAGCUCAGCUGGCUGCCCUGUCCCAGCAAAGUGUCAGGCCCUCCACAAUGACAGAAGAGUACAGAGUGCCUGAUGGCAUGGUCGGUCUCAUCAUUGGCCGAGGAGGUGAACAGAUUAACAAAAUACAGCAGGAUUCUGGCUGCAAGGUCCAAAUUGCUCACGACAGUGCCGGUCUCCCAGAAAGAAGCGUUUCUCUGACAGGGUCACCAGAUUCCAUACAGAGAGCCAAAGCACUCAUAGAUGACAUAGUGUCCAGGGGUCAUGAGUCAACCAAUGGACAGUCAGGCUCCAUGCAGGAGAUGAUCAUCCCUGCAGGAAAGGCUGGCCUUAUUAUAGGCAAAGGAGGAGAGACCAUCAAACAGCUACAGGAGCGAGCUGGAGUUAAAAUGAUUCUUAUUCAAGAUGGAUCCCAGCCACCCAAUGUGGAUAAACCUCUGCGCAUCAUUGGAGACCCCUACAAAGUGCAGCAAGCAAAGGAGAUGGUCAAUGAGAUUCUACGAGACAGGGAUCAUGCUGGUUUUGGAGAUAGGAACGAAUACGGAUCAAGGAUGGGAGGAGGUGGCAUCGAUAUAGCUGUGCCCCGCCACUCUGUGGGAGUUGUGAUUGGCCGGAGUGGGGAGAUGAUUAAGAAGAUCCAGAGCGAUACUGGGGUGAAAAUACAGUUUAAACCAGAUGAUGGUACAGGUCCUGAUAAAAUAGCCCAUAUUAUGGGUCCACCAGACCAGUGUCAGCACGCUGCCUCAGUCAUCACUGACCUGCUACAGAGCAUCCGUGCCAGAGAGGAGGGGGGGCAGGGUGGCCCCCCAGGUCCUGGGAUGCCGCCUGGUGGGCGAGGGCGGGGUAGAGGCCAGGGGAACUGGGGUCCACCGGGAGGAGAGAUGACCUUCUCUAUCCCUGCGCACAAAUGUGGGCUAGUCAUUGGCAGAGGAGGAGAGAAUGUCAAGUCCAUCAACCAACAGACCGGUGCAUUUGUGGAAAUAUCUCGUCAGCCACCACCAAACGGUGACCCAAACUUCAAACUGUUCAUCAUCCGUGGGUCCCCACAACAGAUUGAUCAUGCAAAACAGCUCAUAGAAGAAAAGAUUGAGGCUCCAUUGUGUCCAGUGGGAGGUGGUCCUGGUCCAGGAGGCCCAGGUGGUCCAAUGGGUCCCUAUAAUCCUAACCCAUAUAAUGCAGGGCCUCCUGGUGGUGCUCCCCAUGGAGCUGCUCCUGGUGGUCCCCAGUACUGUCCUCAGGGUUGGGGAAAUACCUACCAGCAGUGGCAAGCCCCAGGUCCACAUGACCCCAGUAAGGCAGCAGCAGAUCCUAAUGCAGCAUGGGCAGCAUACUAUGCACAAUACUACGGCCAACAGCCAGGGGGUGCCAUGGCAGCUCAGACUCCAGGAGCCCCUGCAGCAGGAGCACCAGGGGACCAGAGCCAAGCAGCACAGACCUCCGGAGGCCAGCCAGACUACACCAAGGCUUGGGAGGAGUACUAUAAAAAGAUGGGCAUGACUCAGCCAGCUGCAGGGGCAACAGCUGCUCCAGGCACAGCAGCACCCACCACCACUGCAGCAGCUGGAGGAGCUGCAGCUGGAGGCCAGCAGGACUACAGUGCAGCCUGGGCUGAGUAUUACAGACAGCAGGCUGCCUAUUAUGGACAGGCAGGGCAGGCGCCUGGACAGGCAGCUGCUCAACAGCAGGGACAACAGGCACAGUAAAUGAGUGGCCUGGUCUGUUGGACGGUUGCGAUGGUUCUCUGGACUUGUUUGUUUUUUCUGUCAAGAAAUUUCCUUUUUGGCUUUAAUAAGACAAGACCAUGGUUUACUCAUCCACCCACACGUUUUCUAUCUCAAACCUCCUUGUUUGUUUUUUAAAGUCAAAAUUGAAGAAAGGGAAAAGGGAACACAUUUUGCCCAUGCGUUGAACAAAGCACUAAAUAACUUCUUGGGUUACUAUUCAGUUUGCCCCUUCACCUCACCCACACCUUGUAAUACAUCUGAUAGUUUAAAAAAAUGUGAAAUAAGCGUUUUUGCUUGUAAGCUAGCACAACAGCAUCUCAACAUUGACUGAUUCACAUUUAAGGGGUUUUCCCUCCCAAUUUCCUGAGGGUAAAAACUAUCAAGCAGUAUUUUGAAUAUACUCAGAAAUUAUGUUUGUAAGGAAGAAAAUUGCAAAGUUUUCUGUCUUUUCUUUUCUUGUUCUUGGUACUUUUUUUUUUUAACUUUCUUUUUAAAAAACCAUUCCCAGUGUUUAAGUUGCAGAUACAUUUUUCCCUGCUACCAUGAUUUCUUAUUUUAAUUUUAUUCAUUGUAAUUAUUUUCCAUUGUAAGGGGGUUGUGUGUGUCUGUAUACAGUGUAUGCUACUGAACAGAAAAAUGUGUGUAAGUUGGCUGUAAUAAGGCACUAACUGACCUGCAGUGUGUAGGUUGGUUGUGUGUGCAUGUAUGUGUUUGUGUGGUUGACAGCCCUCUGUUUAAUUUCUACAACUUAAUCGUUGGAAGAUUCCUCCCCCCUCAAUAGGUUCUGUUAUUGUAUGCUAAUUUUUUUAAUGUUAUUUUUUACAACUUGUUUUUAAAUACUUAAAAUAAAAACAUUCAAAUUA